GGCGAGAGCUGCGCAGCAGAGAGAUUCGAGAACUGCAGGUGUGCUGUUCUGCGCAGUCCUGAGCCGGAGCCGCCGGUCCCUGCAUUUUCGGAUUGAUUUGAGGUCUGUGCUAAAGCAGUGUGGAAGCCGAGCUGUCUUGUCAAUCUUUCGGAGGCAAGGAGCUCUUCUGGUGCAAGGAUUGUGCAUCUCGGAUUGUGUUUGGCUUGUAAGUUGUACUGGUUGAGGCUGUGCCUUUGUCAGCACUCUCUUUUCUGGCACGCUGGCGUCGGAGGAGGGAUCGUCAGCGGACGGACCGCGGCGCAGCGGAGCACCCCUAAACAUUCCAAGGCCGCGGCAACCCCGCGCUUCACCCAUGAAGGCAGAUCUGCCUGUGCAGCAGGAAGCCGAGAAGUUGAAGCAUAAGAAGUUGUAUGAAGACAUUGGAGCAUGGCUCUUCAAUGUCAGCAGCUCUGUGGGCAUCAUCAUGAUCAACAAAUCAGUGAUGAAAGUGUAUGGCUUCAACUUCGCUACAACGCUAACGGGAUGCCAUUUCUUGAUGACAACGUUCCUGUCCUACAUUCUCCGGUGGAACGGGUUCAUCAAGGACACGCACCUGCCCCUCUUGGAGUUGCUCAACUUCUCCCUCGCCGCUAACUUUUCCGUCGUUGGCAUGAAUGUGUCGCUGAUGUGGAACUCUGUAGGCUUCUAUCAGAUUGCCAAGCUCAGCAUGAUUCCUGUGUCCUGCCUGCUUGAGGUCGUCUUUGACAACGUGCGGUACAGCCGGGAUGUCAAGCUGAGCAUCCUGGUUGUGCUGCUCGGGGUGGGCAUCACUACUGUCAGUGAUGUCAGCGUCAACUUCAAAGGGUUUGUAGCUGCAGCGGUUGCUGUGUGGUCGACGGCCCUGCAACAAUACUACGUCCACUCGCUCCAGAAGAAGUACAGCCUGGGGUCCUUUGACCUGCUCGGUCACACAGCCCCCGUGCAAGCUGCGACCCUCCUGGUCAGUGGGCCUCUCGUUGACUACUGGCUCAGCGGCCUCAACCUUCUCAAGUACGACUUCUCCACGGCCGCCGUGUUCUUCAUCACCCUGUCCUGCAUUGUGGCCGUUGGUGUGAAUGCGAGCCAGUUCAUCUGCAUCGGCCGCUUCUCCGCGGUGACCUUCCAAGUGUUGGGCCACAUGAAGACCAUCCUGGUCCUCAUCCUGGGCUUCCUCUUCUUCAACGACAGCACCAGCACCCAGAAAAUUCUUGGCAUGACACUCGCGAUUUGUGGGAUGGUUUGGUAUGGGAACGCGACAUCCAAGCCUGGUGCCAAGACCGUGCUACCCAAGUCAACAGGGCCCGUGUACACUGAGGUUACGAAAGUUGUCGAAGAUGAAGAUGAUGGUACUGUAUGACAGCCUCCGCUCUCCCUACUGGCCCUUCCGUUGUCUGACGUAAUCAAAACUGAAACUGAAACCAUUGUUGACAAGCCUUGGAGACCGCGCUUCCUUCUCCUGAAUCGAGAUUCCUGAAUGGCAGACAGCAUGCUGGGCUGCGUUUGUCAAUCCACUUCUCCAAGUGCAGAUUGCCUUGAGCUACGGAUGGUAGUACCAGGGCUAUGGUACUCCAGAUUGUAUACUCCUUCGAUCUAAGUUUAUUAUGGUGGAAAUGCUGCCCCG